AUGACGCUUUCCCCUACCCUCCUGCCCAUGCCCUACCUGGACGUCCGGUGGGUGCACGCGGGGGCACAACACCUCAGCCUCCUCCCCAAUCCCAUAACCACCGCCUCGACGACCUACAAGGCCUUCUCCGCUAUCGAGUCGGACCGGAUCGAAGAGGCCUGGGUCGCGAUAUCGGAGGAAGAGCGUCAGACCGCCAUGCGCGAGUGGGGCCAGGGCGAGGGGGAGGGCGCACCCAAGCCGGCUAAAAAGGAGAAGGAGAAGGAGGUGGCCAAGGCGAAAGAUAAGGAGAAGACGGCUAAAGAGAAGGCGGGGCCGGAACAUCCUGUGGAUGGACAUCAGGGCGAGGUACAUGUGGAGGUGGUCAGAUCAGGAGAGGAGCAGAAGGACACGGAUCUAGAAGGGAGGUAUAAGGAUCUGGUGGCGCAGGCACAGAAGGAGUAUGAGAAUUUGGAGCUGGUCAGAGGGGUGCCUGUUAGCCAGGACUCUCUCUUUGAGGUGGACCUUCCAUCUCUAUCCCUCCAUCCGGUGUUCUGGGCACAUACAGGUCCGAGAGUCUCGGUUCUUCGGGGUUCUUGGUUCAUAACGGACGACUCGAAGCCUUGUUCGUGGGAUCUAGCAGAGGAGAUUGAGAAGGCGUAUCAGGAGAUCAGGCCAUGGCAGCCAUCAUAUAAGCACGAACUAGCUACUGCGGUCGGACAGGGCGCGGCGGCAGAGGAGAAGCUCAAGUAUGCUUUACCGGCGCGCUUUGGGCCGGGCUUGGGCAUCAUCUUUGAGGAUGGCGACAAGGGGAGAUUGGAGACGUCUGGAGCACUAUCAUACAUCUCCAAAACGUUCUGGUCGUCUGUCCGCGCCCGGCCAUCCGGAACGUACGUCUAUCGUGGAUACGCAGCCGCGCGUUUGGCGUCAGGCAAAGAGAAGGAGAAGGAGCCUCGGAGCGGGAGUACCUCCCGCCGGGGAAGUGCGGCGAGUAUGAGACGGCCAGACAUGGAGGCUGCGCCGGUCGUUGAAGCAGCGAGGGACAAGUCGUUCUUGAACUCGUCCGCUAUUGACGAGGAGAACAUACCCGUCGUGGACGAUGAAGAGGAAGAAACUCCAUGUACCGAUCUCAUCCUGAUUGUUCAUGGGAUCGGACAGCAAUUGGCGACGCAAUACGAGGCGUAUAACUUUGUGUAUGCCGGAAACCAAUUACGACAGGUCAUCAGAAAUCAAUACAAGAAUCCCGCUUUGGCGUCUAUCGUCCGUGAUCGCCGGAUCCAGGUCUUACCCGUCCAGUGGCGCGCCUCGCUCCAGCUCGACCAGCAAGACUCGCAAGAGGACGUAGAGCACGGUAUGGAUAAUCGGUUCACCAUGGCCGAUAUCACCAUCAACAAGUCGAUCCCGUAUGUGAGGGAGCUCACCAACUCGGUCCUUCUGGAUAUCCCGCUGUUCAUGUCUCAGCAUAGGCUGAAGAUGAUUGAGGCGGUAUGUUUGCAGGCGAAUAAGCUGUAUCGGCUUUGGAUGGCGAGGAAUCCGGGAUGGAAGGGCAGGAUACACCUUAUUGGGCACUCAUUGGGCUCGGCACUUGUGGCUCAUAUCCUGUCGAAUCAGCCGACGAAAAUGCCAGAGUUAUCGGCGCUUCCGAAGCAGGUCAUACUAAAGACCAAAGAUCGGUUCAUCUUCAACACGUCCAACUUUUACGUUGCGGGUAGUCCACUGGGAAUCUUCUUGCACCUGGAUCAAGCGCAGAUCAUGCCCCGGAAAGGGAGGGAACGGACGAUGAAUUCGCCCCAAGAUGAAGCAUUGGACCGAGCGGGUAAAUUCGGUUGUAUGGCGAUAGACUCUUUCUACAACGUCUUUUACUUCUCCGAUCCGGUGGCGUACCAGCUCAACGCCGCUGUCGACUGCCAGCUGGCCAAGAAACGACAACCUCUUGCCAUUUCUUCCGUCGGAUCCAGCUUCAGCGUCAACACUAUCUCCCAAUACCUUCCUGUCGCGCUUCGGAAACAGCUAGAAGGGAAGCCCCAGAGACCAGGCGCGAUUCGCCUGCCUUCUGGCCUGGAGAUGCUCGGUCCGAAUGGCGAGGAGAGGCUUGAGGGGUCGAGAGGCGAACGCCGAUUCUCUGCGAUGAACCCACAUGGAAGUGUGGACUUCUACCUGCCUUCUUCAGGUCCGAGCGAGUACCUAGACAUGAUCACCUCGCACGCGUCAUACUGGACCGACGCGUCAUUCGCGGCCUUCCUCCUCGCCGAGACGUUCUCGACCCGGUUGGACCUGAUGCGGACUGGGCUCGGUCUCGCACUAGAUCCUUCAUUGAACGCUGCGGAAGUUGUAAUAUAG